AUGUCUGCUGAGCGUGCUUUACAAGUUCUGUACGAAGAUUACUCUCACUCGCAUUUAAGGACUGUGGAUGAAGCCCAACCUGUAGAACAAGCUGAAUUUCGCCAGGGAUUCAGCUGCGCGAAUCACAUCCAGACGGUUUCGAGGAUUAUCGAGGCUUGCCGAGAGUACCGCCUACCUCUCGUCCUAGCCUUCGUUUACUAUGAGAAAGGUUUAAUUAGCAAAUGCGUACUAUUUUAUUUUUAGGA